CUGGGAAUACCAGUCUCUCCUCCUCUGCCAGCCCCUGAGAACCCCAAAAGUCUCCCUGCAUCAGUAUUGGUAAAGUUACCAACACAGAAAGAUCUCCAGACUUCACCUGCCUCUGGUGCUGGAGCCCCUGUUUCACCAGUCCAGGCAGGACUCCCUAUCAAGAAAGACCCUACUCUAAUACCAUUGGCCCUGGCAGCCCCUGAAAAUCCCCCCUCUUCCCAAAGUACAUCAUCAUCAUUGGAGAUCCCUCUUUCCCCUGAAACCACCUUAGCAAAGAAAAGCCUUGUAGAGCCUCUCCCUCUAGUUAUGCCAGUCAAUACUACUCCCUCUCCUCUGGGUGUUAACUCUCCAACCUCUGUAAUCAAGACAGAUCCUUAUGCAAGCCCAGACCCCACGAGUCUGCUUCCCAGAAGUUCUCUCCCUACCCCAACCAUGGCUACAUUUUCUGCUGCCACUGCUGGGGUGGCUCCUACCACUAUAGCCAGCCCUUUCCUAGGAGCUGUCUCUUUGGCUCAUAAAAGCCACCCAGAUAAGGAGGUUAGUUCCACUCUUACUAUUUUACCUUUGGUUCCACCAGCCUCCGAAAGUUACCCUGUGGCUCCAACUGUGACUUUACCCCCCCAGAAUGUUUCUGCUUUUCCAGCUGCCAUGGCACUGGCCCCCGAAAUUCCCAAGUCUGAGCCCUUUCCCUCUCUUCCUCCUCAAGGUGCAAAGAAAGUUCAUGGUAUUUCUCAUACCUCGGCAUUGGAACCUGUGGCUUCCUCUCCUGAAGGGCACCCAACCAAGGACUCUGGUUCUUCUGUUAAUACAUCUUCUCAAGGAACUUCCCUAGCUGACUCCACAUCUCGUUUAGGGACUAGUGUGUCUCCCCAAACUAAAAGAUGUCCAACCAAGAAGGGUUCAACUACUUCUACCUUAACUCUUUCUAAAAGCGUACCUGCUAUCCCUGAUACUCCUCCUGGAAAUCACUCAUCCCCUAUUUCUCCAGUUGAAGCUUCCUUUCUUCCAGAGGCCAAUCUUUCUUUUCAAGUCCCUAAAGGGUCAUUGGCCAAGAAGCAUUCCCCUACUCCAUCCCCCAAAGAGGCCCCAGAUACCCCAUCUCCCAAAGAGGCCUCCACUCCCCCAGCUGUGGCUCCUCCCUCCCCCAAAAAGUCCCAAGCAGCUUCAUCCCCCAAGAGAGCCCCAACUACUCCAUCUCCCAAAGGAACCUCCACUGCCCCAGCUGUGGCUCCCCCUGCCCCCAAAGGGGGCCCAACAACUCUAUCCCCUAAAGAGACAUCCACUCCAGCAGUGAAUCCUUCCUGCCCCAAAGGGGCCCCCACUCCCCCAACUGUGGCUCCUCCCUCCCCGAAAGGAGGACCAGCAAUUGUAUCCCCUAAAGAGGCCCCCACUUCCCCAAUGACUCCUCCCUCCCCCAAAGGGGCCUCAGCUGCUUCAUCUCUCAAAGGGACCCUUACUCCCUCAGCUGUGACUCCUUCCUCCCACAAAGAGUCUCCAGAAACUCCAGCCCCCAAGGGGGCCCCAACAACCCCACCUCCCAAGCGGGCCUCCACUCUCCCAGCUCUGACUCCUUCCUCCCCCAAAGAGUCUCUAGCUACCCCAUCCUCCAGAGGGACCUCAGCAACUCCAUCUCCCAAAAGAGCCCCAGGGACUCCAUCCUCCAAAGGAACCUCAGCAGCUUCAUCCCCCAAAAGAGCACCAGCUACCCCAUCCUCCACAGGUGCCCCCACUCCCUCAUCUGAGAUUUCUCCCUCACCCAAAGAGGCCCCUAUAUCUCCAGUUUCAGUUACUUGUCCCUUGGGGUCCACUGCCCCUCAGGCAUCUAAAGGCCUACCAAUAAUGAAAGGUCCCACAGCUCUCAAACCAGUACUUGUUGCCCCAGCUCCAGAAAGUGCACCAGUUGUCACAGUUCCCUCUGAGAAAGAUCCACUGGCCAAGAAGAGUUCUGCUACUCCACCUCCUGUGUGCCCCGAUCCCUCAGCCAAGAAUGGUACUAAAGGACCCCUUUCUACAUUGGCUCCAGCCCCUCUACUGACAGUCUCUGCUCAGAAAGCCUCUUCUCCAAAGACUCCCAAAACCCUUCCUGUUUCUCCGUUAAAAGGCAAAGAUUCUUUUCAUUCCCCAAAGAGCCCCUUGGCUCUUGCUCCUGAGUCUGUGACCUCUACCCCUCUAGCAACAGCUUCCUCUGAGAAGGUCCUUCCUAAUGCUGGAUCAGCAUCUGUCUCUCCAGCACCCACCCCACCAGUCUCUCUGCCUCUCCCUCCCUCCCCAGUUCCCCCUCUGCUUCCUAAACAGCAGUUUCUGCCGUCCUCACCUGGGCUGGUGCUGGAAUCACCCUGUAAGCCCUCAGCCCCUGCUGAUGAGGAUGAGCUGCCGCCUCUGAUUCCCCCGGAACCAAUCUCGGGGGGAGUGCCUUUCCAGUCGGUCCUCGUCAACAUGCCCACCCCUAAACCUGCUGGGAUCCCUGCCCCAACCCCCUCUGCCAAGCAGCCUGUUCUGAAGAACAACAAGGGGUCUGGAACAGAAUCGGACAGUGAUGAAUCAGUACCAGAGCUUGAGGAACAGGAUUCCACACAGGCAACCACCCAACAAGCCCAGCUGGCAGCAGCAGCUGAAAUUGAUGAAGAACCAGUCAGUAAAGCAAAACAGAGCCGGAGUGAAAAGAAGGCACGGAAGGCUAUGUCCAAACUAGGUCUUCGACAGGUUACAGGGGUUACAAGAGUCACUAUCCGGAAAUCUAAGAAUAUCCUCUUUGUCAUCACAAAACCAGAUGUCUACAAGAGCCCAGCUUCAGAUACCUACAUAGUUUUUGGGGAAGCCAAGAUCGAGGAUUUAUCUCAGCAGGCACAACUAGCAGCUGCUGAGAAAUUCAAAGUUCAAGGUGAAGCUGUCUCAAACAUUCAAGAAAACACACAGACUCCAACUGUACAAGAAGAGAGUGAAGAGGAAGAGGUUGAUGAAACAGGUGUAGAGGUUAAGGACAUAGAACUGGUCAUGUCGCAAGCAAAUGUAUCAAGAGCAAAGGCAGUUCGAGCCCUGAAGAACAACAGUAAUGAUAUUGUAAAUGCUAUUAUGGAAUUAACAAUGUAACCGUCUGAAAACGAGGACCCUUUUUUGGUGUUUCAAAAGAAUAACUGCAGCUUGGUUUGAAAUUUGUACUGUUUCUAUCAUUAAUAAAGUUAUGGCUUCUUGUUGGAUGAA